AUGUUUUUCAGAAUUCCCAAAAGAUAUGAACAACACAGUGUAGAAAAAGAACCAAUGAAAACAACAGUUAGUUUUAUCGCAGACAUUAAAGACAAAGAUGGCAUGAGAAACUAUCCACCCUAUGUGACUUCCUACAGUUCCCAGGGCUUUAAUAUUAAAGGUAUCAAAGUUUUUGGUUCUGUUGCUCUUCUUCCAACAAUAUUCUAUCACUGGCGGGUAAGUUCUUUUGUGUGUGAUAUUAUCAUUAAUUUAUCCAUGAUUAUUGGCAACAAUGCCUGAACAAGCUAAUAUAUGUUGAGAGUUGAGGAACUGAUCACCAUCAACAUCAUGACUUGUACAUUCAAAUAUCAAAAGUAGGUUGAGUUUGAUCGUCCGGGUGAACGUAGUCCUGAAUAGGACUGUUGUUGUUAACAGUGACUGACGUUUCAACAACCUGUGCGGUAGACAUCUUCAGAGUCAAAGUGAGUUGUAUCACUUCAGUUGAUGGUAUUAUACUCUGGUUAUUGAUCUGAUUGGUCAAUUACGUUGCGAUGUUAUUGGUCGUCUGUCACUUAAGCCGUGAUGUUAUUGGCUAUGAAGACUAGUAAUCAGUAACUAACGUGAUACAACUCACUUUGACUCUGAAGAUGACUACCGCACAGGUUGUCAAAGCGUUAGUCAUUGUCAACAACAACAGUCCUAUUCAGGGCUGUGUUCACAUGGCCGAUCAAUCUCAACCUACUUUUGAAAUGACCCUUGGGUUCAAACCUUUCACACAUUGAAAUAUCCUCCAAAUUCACUCUUGCAUAGGUUUACAUACGUUUCUAAUGCAUGUACAGGAAUAACUAAUGUACACUUGCAAAAACUAUUUGGUAUUUCUUUUAGAGAUUCCGUGCUACUGAAGGCCCACAUAUUAAAUAAUCAUAAGUCACAAUCACUUUCAUAAUUCUUAAUGACUGUGCUACAUGCAACAAUUUCUAUUUCAGUGAUUAUGUUUGCACCUUACUGUUACGAACAAUAGUUAUCCAGUGUGAUUAUGUACUAAAACAAGUACAGAAAGUCCCAGUGCUGUACUUCACAAAUAAUAAAUAUUUAUUUCUCCAAUUACCAGCAUUUAACCAUUUCAUCCACUCUUUAUUUGAUACACAGUACCAAAAACAAGUACAUCUGCAUCUGAGGGCUAUAUAAUGANGAUGGUAUUAUACUCUGGUUAUUGAUCUGAUUGGUCAAUUACGUUGCGAUGUUAUUGGUCGUCUGUCACUUAAGCCGUGAUGUUAUUGGCUAUGAAGACUAGUAAUCAGUAACUAACGUGAUACAACUCACUUUGACUCUGAAGAUGACUACCGCACAGGUUGUCAAAGCGUUAGUCAUUGUCAACAACAACAGUCCUAUUCAGGGCUGUGUUCACAUGGCCGAUCAAUCUCAACCUACUUUUGAAAUGACCCUUGGGUUCAAACCUUUCACACAUUGAAAUAUCCUCCAAAUUCACUCUUGCAUAGGUUUACAUACGUUUCUAAUGCAUGUACAGGAAUAACUAAUGUACACUUGCAAAAACUAUUUGGUAUUUCUUUUAGAGAUUCCGUGCUACUGAACGCCCACAUAUUAAAUAAUCAUAAGUCACAAUCACUUUCAUAAUUCUUAAUGACUGUGCUACAUGCAACAAUUUCUAUUUCAGUGAUUAUGUUUGCACCUUACUGUUACGAACAAUAGUUAUCCAGUGUGAUUAUGUACUAAAACAAGUACAGAAAGUCCCAGUGCUGUACUUCACAAAUAAUAAAUAUUUAUUUCUCCAAUUACCAGCAUUUAACCAUUUCAUCCACUCUUUAUUUGAUACACAGUACCAAAAACAAGUACAUCUGCAUCUGAGGGCUAUAUAAUGACGCACUUCACAAAGUAAUAACUAUGACAGUUAGUAUUAGAGAUUGCAAGGGUUAGCUUUUAUUGAGCAAAUGCAACUGCAUAUUAGCUUGCUGUCAUCCACUAUCUUACCCAUUUCCUUUUGACUAAAAUUACACAUGUAGGAGGGUCAAAUGGGGUGAACAUGAGACCUAUACAACUUUGGUUACCCUUCCUUAACAAGAGCAACCCCAUUUAAAUCAAUAAUAGAUCAUUUCUAAAGCCAAGGCACUGGGUUCAAAUUUACUCCAACCAAAAGGAGAUUGAGUAUAUCUCACUUUCCAGUAUCAGAGCAGAUGUUGAAACCUGCCCUCCCCAAUUAACUCUAUUUCUCUUCCACCCUCCCAUCCCUGACAUUUUACAGGCUUCCUCCCCCUGAGCUUUGUAAGGUUCUGCAAUACAUGUAUUUCUAGUUAUAUUGUGAAUAUCAUUGGAUGUUUCUAAUUUUGCUAGUAAUGUGAUGGCUUGCUUUUUGCAUUUCCUUCAAGAUAAAGCAAGCUGAGGAUAUCACCCCAGAAAGUCUUGCGCUUUUUACAAUAAUGGAACCACCCAUAGGUAUGUUUGUCAUGUUAUUAAUAAAUCCUAUGAUCAGAAACAGAACUCUAAGGACACUAGCUCUUUGGUACCUGGGACAAAUAGAUCCUCAGCAGUCCCACUGUGCUACAAUCUUGGACAAAAAUGUUAAGAAAAUGGAUGUCGCGAUUUCUAGUUUCAAGAUAAAGUCUUAAAAGCACCGGCAAUUUGAAAUACUUCCCCCAAACAAUGUUGAAGUCCAACUGGAUCAUUUCUGCUCCCAACCUGAACAACCUGGAGGGGUUGGGGGGAGGGGUCCUUGUGGUGAAAAUCUGUAGGAUGGGUCUUCUGUCAGGUAAAAAACUUCAGAGUGUUUAACACUUUUUGUCCAAGAUUGCAGCCCCUAGGAGAAGAAUUUUGCUGUGUAGACUACCCAGCCAGUUGUCACUGAAUGUGGGUAAGCAAGGUGUGCUCUCAUUCCAGUCAUCACCCUCUCUCUAAUAAGCAUACAAUCUCAAAUGCAUUUUUUUUCAGUUUGCAUCCCUAUUGCCUAAGCACCCUCCUUCCAAUAAGCAUGCCUAUACCAAUUAGUUCUCCCAUUCUUUUUCACUGGUAGAGUACAUGUAAAUUGAGAUCAAGUGGUACAUCAAGCCAUAUAAAGCAAAUCAUGCAACAAUGAUCCCUUUGAUGGAAUUACAUUAUGUGCGCUGAAUCAGACAUACAGUACUUGAAAGCUUUGGUCUUGAUGAAAGCGACGUGGAAGCUUAAAAAAUGAAUAGACUGGUGACUUUAAAAAUUCCCUACCAUUAUUUGGUGAAUAUUUACUGUAUCUUUGUUUGACAGUUUCAGUUAUUUUCCUUUAAGCAAAUGUCAAAGCAUUGUCUCGGCACUCAAGUGUUUCCCAAAAAAGAAAUAAGUUCCCUGUCCUUAAUAAACACCCUGUUUCAAAUACAUGUAAGUGCCCUCCCUUAAGGUAACAUAAGUAAAAGCACCCCAUGGGCUAAAUUGAUCAUUAUGGUAAACAUUAUGCGAUCCGCAACAAGUAUAAUGUAGUAAAUUAGUGUUGUUGUUUUUAUAUCUAUGUUAGAAAUUGUAGUUGUGGGAACAGGAGAUAAGUCCUCGCGUCUGGACCCCAAAAUACAAAGCUACCUCAGGAAGCACUAUAUUUCUUUGGAAGUUCAGGAUACUGUAAGUGGCUUUCCCUUGAUAUUCUCUUCACCUGAUGUACUGUCCUCUGAAGACAUUUUCAUCCUGCUCACAAUGUUUAUUAUGUCCAUUUGUCCUUCAGGCAAAUGCUGCAGCAACCUUCAACUUUCUUCUAGAAGAGAGGCGGUUAGUUGGAGCUGCUCUUAUUCCACCUAAGUCAAUUGUUGAACAUUAA